GAAAUCUCCUAAGGUUGGUUAAUAUAUUUUUUUUUCCUCAGUGUGCCUACACUUCUAAGCAGACCAGACUUCCACCACUGGAAGAUGCAAGGGACAGAUGACAUGGUUCGCUUCAUGCCUUAACUAGAAAUAGUUUUGCUCAGUCCUUAUUUUUUACUUUUAGAGAAAGUCACCACUUAUGAAUCACGCUGGGGUUAAAGGUCUAAAUUCCGUACUACACAGUCCAAACGUGAUACUUUGCUGCUAGGAGGGUCCUGCCCCAGUUGAUAGCCCAUCUUGGUUUUUCCUGUUUUGCUCACGUUCUAGGUUGUGCUCAGUCAGAAGCUCACGUGUUUUCUUUCCUUGGCCAUUGAGACAACCAGAGGGGAUACAUUGGUCCUCCUUCUCUAUAGUGGUGUUUGUUGAUUUCCACAUAUGUUUCAGACCAUUGGACUGUCCAGUGUCAGAGAUCCAAAAUAAGACUUCGAUCGAACAUAUGUAUCUUGUUAGCAAUGUUAUGACAAAUAGCAGCAGCUGUAUAAACUAGUCUUUCUGUAGUUUCACACAGGGGACUCCAUUAACAAUGGACCACUCUGUCAGCAUUUAAUCCUUUUUACCUCUUGGUUCCUGUGAACUUUUCUACUGGACGUCAGGAUCAUUCUGACCCGCAAACAGAAGAAAAUGUCAAAGACUACCAGUCACCUCACUUCCCCUUGGUGCUCUCUAAGGUGAUCUGGAGACAGAUCAUGAUUACUUUGUUGGUCCUAAUUAGAAAGAUAUACAGGCCAUCAGGAUAGCUGUGACAGAAUUUGGGAUUAACUUGGCUUUGGAAUUGUUUCUGAAUUUAGCAUCAGGGGUCAUGGUCCUGAAAAGCUGACCUCUGACGUUUGGAGUGCCUGUGGUAUGAAGCAGGGCAGCAAGGACGUAGCUUCUCCCAGAAAGAAGUCACAGCCGACAGACUCCUCUUUGUGAGCACUUCGUCACGUACAAGUCUACUUCUGGGUCUGUUAAUUUCAAGACAUGAGACACACAGAACUCUCAAGUGACCUUUUACCUCUUUAGGUAAUUUCUAUCUUUAUUUUUCGUCGGAAAAAAAAGAGGGCACACUGGGUGUUCAAAUACAAUGGGGAGCUUGGAAAAAGCAGAGUUAUAGCCUUAGAAUAACAAUGAACAAAAGUUCAGGUUCCAGUUUAAAUAUACUUGACAUUUGAACCCCUCGUUUGAGGCCCUUGCUUUAGGUCUGUCUUCAGAGGACAUCUGAAAUUCCUUUGGCUUCCAAUCUGUGGCAAGCGAACAGGAAUGGAUGACAAAGGGAUAUAAAGAUAGAGCUCCAACAAGUUGUGUUAAUUCUUUCUUUCACCUAAGAGGACUAAUGAAAAGCUUAAAUUACUAAAUUCAGACUAGACCAUUGUCGCUACUUGCCAAGUAGUACGUGCUUGUGCGUCUGUCUAAUCUAUAUUUGAAAGCCACAAACAGAAGCACAUAAUUUGGCAAAACACCAAAAACAUGCCUCGGCACACUUCUGGAGAUUCUUCCAAAUGACUUAUUGAUUCAAAAAUUUUAGAGUGUGUAUUUUAGAGUGUGUGUGUGCGCGCGCGCGUGUGCCUUUGUGCACACAUUUGUACACACUCAGAUUGCCUGGAGACACUUGAAAUAAAUUCUACCAGCAAACCAUAUGUAUUAUAGUUGCUUUGGGGGGGGCGGUUUGAGGACUUUCUUUUAAAAUUCUAAAUUGUAGAAAAAAAGAUAAAGCUGUUUAUUGGGCAGUUACUUUCUAUUUUAUUUUCAAGUACAGACUUGUUACUUAAAAAUCCUCCUCCAAAUACAACAUAUCUUUACAACAGUCUUUACUUUGGAAAGUUAAAGUAUCCUGUUUGUUUUUAAAAUGUGUUUUGAGGUUUCGAUUUUUUUCUAACUGGUAGGUGGCAAAGAGUAACUCAUUACAAGAAAAAAUUCUUUGUAGCACCAUGAAGAAAUUUCCUAAGUUGAUAAAUUCUUCUUUUCUAAGGUUUUUUACAGAAGUAUUUUCCCUUUGCCAGGUUUCUGCUUGGUAUAGAAAAUAUGCACUUAAAAAAAAGCAUACUAUUUGAAUUCAAUCCAGGAUAUGUACGUGAAGAUAUUUAGACGGUAACUGCCUGAGGUUAUAUUAACAAGACAGAAGUGGAGGACAGAGUCCAUAAGAAAUAUUUGGUGUGGUCUCCUUUCCCUUGCAUGAGUAUUAUUUUUAAAAGUCAGGUGCUUUUACGUGUAGCAUUUUGUUUAAACAUUCCAGCUUCCUUUACAAGAUGGGUACUAUUAUUCCUCAUAUAAAGAUGAGGAGGGGCGCCUGGGUGGCUCAGUUGUUAAGCAUCUGCCUUCGGCUCAGGUCAUGAUCCCAGGGUCCUGGGAUCGAGUCCCACAUCGGGCUCCCUGCUCCGCGGGAAGCCUGCUUCUCCCUCUCCUACUCCCCCUGCUUGUGUUCCUGCUCUCGCUGUGUCUCUUUCUGUCAAAUAAAUAAAAUCUUAAAAAAAAAAAAAAAAAAAGAUGAGGAAAUCAGAGCUCAAAGAAUUUAAAUAAGCUGCUCAGGGUCAUACAGCUAGGAAGUGGCAAAGGCAGGAUUAAUCCAAAGCCAGUCUGACUCUACAGAUAAUGCCCUGGACACUGUACCUUCCAGCUUUCUCUGAGGGAGAUUCUGGACAAUCAGGAAGCCCAAGCCACAAUGAUCCUGCCAAGAAUCCUCCAGGUUACCUGGAGGAUAGUUUUGUAAAAUCUGGAGUCUUCAAUGUGUCCGAACUUGUGAGGGUAUCCAGAACGCCCAUAACCCAGGGAACUGGAGUCAACUUCCCAAUUGGAGAAAUCCCGAGCCAACCAUACUAUCAUGACAUGAACUCGGGGGUCAAUCUUCAGAGGUCACUGUCUUCUCCACCAAGCAGCAAAAGACCCAAAACUAUAUCCAUAGAUGAAAAUAUGGAACCAAGUCCUACAGGAGACUUCUAUCCGUCUCCGAAUUCACCAGCUGCUGGAAGCCGAACAUGGCAUGAAAGAGAUCAAGAUAUGUCUUCUCCGACUACUAUGAAGAAGCCCGAAAAGCCACUGUUCAGCUCUACAUCUCCACAAGAUUCUUCCCCAAGAUUGAGCACUUUCCCCCAGCACCAUCAUCCCGGAAUACCUGGAGUUGCACACAGUGUCAUCUCGACUCGAACUCCGCCUCCACCCUCACCGCUGCCAUUUCCAACACAAGCUAUUCUUCCUCCAGCCCCAUCGAGCUACUUUUCUCAUCCAACAAUCAGAUAUCCUCCCCACCUGAAUCCUCAGGAUACUCUGAAGAACUAUGUACCUUCUUAUGACCCAUCCAGUCCGCAAACCAGCCAGCCUAACAGCAGUGGUCAAGUGGUAGGGAAAGUGCCUGGCCAUUUCACACCUGUCUUGGCACCCUCUCCCCAUCCCAGUGCAAUGCGACCUGUGACCCUGACCAUGACAGAUACUAAACCCAUCACUACAUCCACUGAAGGUGAGGCAGCUUCACCUACAGCAACCACCUACACAGCCUCAGGCACAUCUCAAGCCAAUCGAUAUGUGGGACUAAGCCCAAGAGACCCAUCCUUCCUACAUCAGCAACAGCUGAGGAUUUGUGACUGGACCAUGAAUCAAAACGGCAGGCAUUUAUACCCCAGUACCAGUGAGGAUACAUUGGGAAUUACUUGGCAAAGUCCUGGUACCUGGGCUAGCUUGGUUCCUUUCCAAGUAUCAAAUAGGACACCCAUCCUACCGGCAAAUGUCCAAAAUUACGGUUUGAACAUAAUCGGAGAACCUUUCCUUCAAGCAGAAACGAGCAACUGAAGGAAAAUGAAAUACAACAGUAGUUUAAGAAAUUUAAAAAAAAAAAAAAAAGGAAAAGAGGAAGACUGGACAAAACAAAACAAAACAAACAAAAGGGAGAAAGGAAAGCAACUGAAGAAAGAAGAUAUAUAGACCAGCAAUUGCAGCACUUACAAUCACUAAUUCCCUUAAGGUUGAAACUGUAAUGACAUAAAAAAGGGUCGAUGAUAUUUUGCUGAUGGUAGAUCGCAGCCCCUGCAACGUACGUAGCCUUUGUUACAUGAAGUCCGCUGGGAAAUAGAUGUUCUGUCUCUAUGACAAUAUAUUUUAACUGACUUUCUAGAUGCCUUAAUAUUUGCAUGAUAAGCUAGUUUUAUUGGUUUAGUAUUCUUGUUGUUUACGCAUGGAAUCACUAUUCCUGGUUAUCUCACCAACGAAGGCUAGGAGGCGGCAUCAGACGUGCUGGGUGACCGAGCCAUGAGCCAGCCAUUUUCUAAGCACUCUGAUUUCUAAAAGUUAAAAAAAUAUAUAUAUAAAAUCUCUGUAGCCUUUAGUUAUCAGUACAGAUUUAUUAAAUUUUGGCCCUUAACCCAGCCUUUUCCAGUGUGUAACCCAGUUUGAAACCUUAAAAAAAAAAAAAAAGAAAAAAGAAAAGAAAAAAAAAGAAAAAAAAGAAAAAAGGAAAAAAAAAACAGUUUGAACACAAAGGCUCUAUGGAAGAAAUGCCUCUAUGUAGGUGAAGUGUUAUCUCUGCAUGCAACAGUAAAAAUUAAUAUAAUAUUUUCCCCACAAAAGAAACACUUAACAGAGGCAAGUGCAAUUUAUAAAUUUAUAUCUAAAGGGGAAUCAUGAUUAUAAGUCCUUCAGCCCUUGGACUCUAAAUUGAGGGGAUUAAAAAGAAUUUAAAAUAAUUUUGAACGAAUUUAUUUUCCCCUCAGUUUUUGAGGGCAUUAAAAAGGCAUUAAAUCAAGACAAAUCAUGUGCUUGAGAAAAAAAAAAUUAAUGAAAACACAGCACUUAUGUUGGUUUAGCUGCAGCCUCCUUGGAGGUAGGAUUUAUUUAUUUAAAAUUACUGGUUGCAUCAAGAACCCAUAGGGUGUACGUACAAAAGGUUCUAUAAAAUCUGCAUUACAGAGACAAAGAGGCAGGCAAAUCCAUGUCACAAGGGUAAAGCGUACAGUUUACAAACUGGGAACGCCAGGGUGUAGGAUAUAAAAACGCACUCUUGAGAAAACAGAUAUAAUGAGGGUGCUGAAAACUUGCAUGGUGCUUUCAGACAUUAGCCUUGUUCAACAAAUUUCUUGUAUUGACAGAUCUGUAGUGUGCAUGGGCAGACACAUUUUGCCUCUAUGUCUCUUAAAAUUUUAAUUAAAAAUACUCUUUCCAGUAAUCCUAAUUUGCACGAAGAUAUAAUGUCCACAUUACGUGCCUUGCCUUGAAAUCUAAAAACAAAAAAAAACAAAAAAAAAACAAAAAAGUGACAUCACUACACUUGUUUUGCUGCAUUUAUUAUCAUUUUAAAUCUUUACCAUUUUUAUGACAAAAUAUUUUGUACUCCAGACGAAGAAAAAUGUGUGACAUCAUGGAUUUUUUAGACAGUUAUACCUUUAUCUCACAUUUAUAAAGCAUAUCAUGGCUGUGUAUAGUUGCCGCUUAAAAAUUGUAAUCGACCAGCAAUAUUUUCAGUAUUUUGGUGUUUUUUCUAUUAACCUUUCAUGUUUUUCAUCUUCCAAUUAAUAUUUGGGGGGGAGGGGUUUCAAAUUUAUACGAAUUAUGCAAUACCAAGUUUUGCCUAUAUGUAGGUAGUGCUUUUAGCUGUAUUGGUUAUUAUAGGUAAGUACACAGAUUUAAACAAAAAAUAAUGUAUGCUUUUUUUUGUUUGUUUGUUUUAAUUGACCAAAGUGGGUACUGCUAUUUUUGCAGUGUGAUGAGGUCCUUUGUGUACUGAGAGAUGGACAGGGGAUUUUUUUUAAUAUACAUAUAUAUAUAUUCUGGGGUGGGUGGGAGGAUUUUUAACACUUUACAGUGUAGCUGUGAAGCAGGGCACCCUGAGACGGGCCUGGGCUGCAAAUCGACUGUUCUGUCUACUGUGACAAACUUCAACUUACACAGGUUCCCCCUUCUCUAACUUCCCACCUGGGGUGCAAGCUGAACUCCUUUCUGGUUUUUGUAACAACAGAAAUCGUAAGAACAAGUGAACACAAAAAAUUCUCCUGGAGGCAGACUUGGCUUAAAACAAACUGUCAUAUCUUUUUUUGUUUUGUUUUGUUUUGUUUUGUUUCUUGGUUUUUUUGGUGGUGGUGGUGGUGGUGGUGGUAGUUUUUCUGGAAAGUUCCGGAUUCACAGUGGAGAGUGAGCCUGUCUCAUAUUUGGCAAAAAUAUUGGUGGAAGAAUCCACAUAGUGGAGGUUUCACGCUUUGGGGGUUUAACACAUGAGUCUGUUUUCUCCUAAAAAACCCAUCAUCCAGCGGAGGGAGUGCUCCCACAUUCUUUCUCCACCACUUCUCUUCCCCCAUUUCUUCCUUUCGUUGAUGGUAGUGGAUGAUUUACCUGUGACUCACUACUUCAAAUGGAUGGCAGUGCACUUGGGUUUUUUUUUUUUUUUUAAUACAUCCAGAGGAUUGCUAUAUUAAAUGUAUUUGGACUUCUAGAUUAAAAUCAAAGUUCAGUUUUUAAGGAACAAAAAAUUUAGUAAAUCUUGUUACGUUUUCAUUUUACCUGCCCUUUUAAACGGAGAACCAGAGCAGAAGGGAAAUGUAGAAUUUUCAGAAAUUAAUGUUCCUGUGGACGAAUUAAGCCCAUUAGAUGCUGAUGGGAUUUUUUUAAGGGAUGGUGCCUCAAAUACAUAUUUGAUUUAGUUUCCCCUGAGGGGUAGUGGGUGAAGGGAAGCUGGUUUUAUUUUGCUCUUACACCCCUCCCCCAGCCCCCCAGUCCCAUUGAGGCAAUUCAUUACUAGAAGGAAAAUCUUUCAGAAUUAGUGACACAUGGAGGGCUGUCUUGAGGAGCCCCCUGACCCCCUUCCCCCAGGCCACGGCCUAAUAAAAUAAACUGUCCAUUGUUCUCAACAGCAUAUGAUUUAAUAAUGAAUACUUUAGAACAAUGCUUAUGGGUCUAGAAUUGUAUUUGAUUAGCCCAUUCAGUCUGAUAGCCCCCAUGCCGAAUAGCACAGCAGGAUCCUAGCCACGCAAGUUGGAAAGUAAGUCCAAUCAUUUCUGUGAUACUUACCCUGAUACGAAACAGCUCAUCUCAGCCAAGCUCUUCAUGUAUCUUUGACCUAGUAGGUGAACAAAUCGAACCUCACAGGACUCGCAGUAUUUUUUAAGGGCAGACUCGCUCUCUGUCUUUUUUUUUUUUUUUUUUGCCAGAGAAUGAGCAGUUCUAGCUAAGUCAGUUACACACUGUGGGUAUUCCUGCCUGCCUCUUGAAUACAAAGGCCUAGUUCAAGUGUUGCUUUUUGGUUUUUUUUUUAAUCCAUUUUUUUUUCUCCUUUCCUUUUGUGAGAAAACUAUUAAAGAUACUACUAUCUGUAGAAAAUCUCAAAUCCCAUUUUUCGGCCUCCUCCUCUUUUACCAGGAAGUAUAUCUUCUGACUAAGGGCCCCACUCUUGCAGAUCUUGCACGCCCCUCUCUUCCCCAGAACUGCAGAGCUUCAGGAUGGCGAAGGUCACCCAAGGGCAUCAGGAGGUCACCUGCCCCCCUGUGUGUUCGGCGGCGGCGCUGUUUAGCUGUCCCUUUGCGUGGCUUUGCGGCCACCACUCACAGUGCCUCUGAAGUUUCCUCUGGAGUGACAUGAGCGUUGGAGGCUUGUCUAAGGGAAAAAAAAUAAAAUGAAUAAGUAAAUAAAAGGCAGUGAAGGAGACUGUACAUAAAGACAUGGCAAGAAUCUUAAUUAUAGCAAUAUAGUUAUGGGGUAAUGUUCAGGUGGGCAGCUCCAUUAAAAAAAAAAUAUGUGAAUGAAUCUGUGAAGCUGCAAAGUAGCAAGAAGAGCGAAAGAUCUUCUUAAUGAACCGCCUACCUUGUAGACAGUAAUUUGUACACUGUAUAGUUUUGUUAAGAAUUUUUUUUUAAAUUAAAAUUCCCAUGUUUGUAAAGCUAACUUUUUAACAAUUAUAAUGGAACUAUAUGUUGUUUCCAUUUUUAAAGUAAACAAGAAUAUUCCUUGUCUAGAGACUGGACUUGAGUUAAAACUCUCCAGCCUCUUAAGUUAUGUAUUAAAAAAAAAAAAUCUGUCCAUGUUAGGAGUUAUUUCACAGAUGCUUGUGCUUGAAAAGCAUAGGCUACUAAUCCUUUAAAAAAGUGUAAAUGGAGAAAAGUUAUAUUUUAUGAAGGUUAUUUUGUUGUAUUUAGUAUUGGGAAAGUUGGUUUUCAGAGCAUUUCAGAAUGUCCGAAGCACCGCUGUCUUUUUAUUAGUAUAUACGGCCUUUAGCAAAAGUUUUUGUGAUUGUUACGUGAUGGUAUUUAAGGUUAAGUUUCACAGAGCAUUCGGGAUAGGCAGAAAACGAAAUCAGUGCUAUGUCUCACAUAACGUGUCCUCAGGGAGCAGAGUAUUGGAUUUGGGACUGGUAGCUUCAUAAGGACUCAACAAAAGAGAUUGCACAGGGACAUCUUCAGUGGUGGGACACUAGGACAUGUGCUGUCCCUAGAUUCAAAAUCUAGGUACCGUGUGAAACGAUGAAGGCUGCAGAAAGUUAUCCCAUAUUCAGUGUACAGUAUUCAUUUUUAAUGAAACAACUCUACAAUAUUGCUGGCAGAUAGGCCCCGAGCAUGACAUUCAAUAUAGUUUACAUGUUCCUGUCAAGGUCUUUUGUUAACAUUAACCAGCUGCAUGCUUCCUGGACUUUAAAAAAUUGGGUUUCGAUAGAAAACUUUUUUUUUCUUUUUCUUUCUUUUUUCUUUCUUUCGUUCUUUUUUUUAAUGUGCAGGCUAUUCAAGUUCAAUAGUAAAAGCUCGAACUCGAAAUUGAAUGUUUUACUCCAUGCUGAAGGAGCUGAAAGCUGCCUUCUUCAUAUUUUGCACUUUCUGGUAGUUCCCCUGUUUUUUCGAAUUCCUUAAAAAUUGUGUGGGUGGGGUGGAGCACUGCAGUUGGGGGAUAGCAUGGACCACUGAUCUUUGCCCUUUGACCCUGCACAAUGACCUUUGCAUCAGCCAAACUUAUUGCCAUGACAACUCUUUGUACUGUGUCCGUGCCACAGAUCUGUUGGUUACAUUGUUAAUAGUAAAGGGGACAAGUUGGAGACGGUCAAUUUUUACAUUUUUUUUGUUGCAAUUUUUUCUUCAAUGGUUGUAAGUAGUUGUUUUUUUUUUUUUAAUAAUAAAAGGGUUCACUAGUUAAUACUCUUUAGAAAUAUCUGUGUGUUGCAAUUCAAAUGUAUGUUGAGAUUGUGAAAAGAGCUUCAGUGCCACCAGCCUACCCAGAUGCUAGACUCAGCCUCUGAGAACAACUCUAGCAUGAUGGCAGUUACCAGUGACACAAGGCGACCUCCACACGCCAAGAGCAGAGUAAGCUAGUGACACUAAAGCCGUCUUGUAUUACUGUAUUUUUGACAGAAUGGUCUUGAAAACUGUGCUACAGGGACUGAUGUGGCAAAUAUAUCUCUUUAUGCAGAAGGAAGUCUUUUUUUUUUUUUUAAAGAAGUAUGGCUUAUUAUGCAUUCUUCAUCGAGGGCAUUGAAGUUGCAUGGACUGAUUAAAAGUUGAUGCAAAACGAGAAAGAAACAAACAAAAAAAAAAACCAGCAAAAUGUUUACCAAAAAACUCAAACAAAUGAGCAGUGCCUGUUCAAUUUCACAGUCUCUGUUGAGUUCAGUUGUAAAUAUGUUUCAAAUGACAUUUUCUUGGAAAAAAAAAAAAAAAUCUCUACACCAUUGUAGAAUGUGAGGGGUCACUAUAUCCCAGGCAUAGGCUUCUCCAAGCUGCAUUAGAUUAUGUCUUCAUCAAGCUGUUAAUUUGUGCUUAUAUCAUAUAGAACUUUUAGCAUCCUGGGAAGAGGUGCCCCCACCUCAAUGAUAUUUCUCUGAGAACAACUUUUGUAGGACUGUGUGUUUCUUUAGAUACAUUUAGUACAACUGUAGGUGACGAGUAGUCAGUUAUUGCUUGCUAGCUACACACCAGGGUUGAUCCAUUUUAAAACUUUUGGCAUUACGUCCUCACGGGCCGUAAAUACAGAACCUUGUAUCUUAAUUAAAUUUUUUAAAAAGGAGGCACAGGCACAAUGUCCGUGUUACAGACCUUUAGCAGUAGGAUGUAUCAUAUGACAGUUACUUCAUUUCUGGCGUUCAGACCUCUGGGAUCAGCCCCAGACUGGGCCAGAACGUUAGCGAAGGUUUUAUUAUGCCCGGUUGGAGGAUGACGUUCUUUGGGUACUUUCUGUGGGUUGCAAAUGAACUCAGUUGCCGCAAGUUUUAAACUGGUGUAAAUCAAGCUUGACUUAAUGUGAUUGUUACUGUUAUAUCCAGCCUAUACUGCUAGCAGCUGCUCAUACUGCAGUCAAUUACUGGAAGCGGAUAUAUUUCCUAUGCAAAAACUGUUUAAACAAUAAAAUGAGCUAUGCUACAGA